AAAGAGUUUGCGUAUUACUACAUCAGCUGAAGAACUCAUAGACCAUAGACUUGUUCUAUGAGUUCGAGAUUCAGAGUUGCGAGACUUGAGUUGCGAGUUGGGGGACAAGAGUCUCUCUUGCAGAGGAGAAAACACAAGUGCCGUAGUGAACUAAACCAGAUGACCAACUUUUCUAAAUUAAAGAUCCAAAAAAAAAUUAAGGUUUGGAUUUCUAAAAUGCGUCUCUUCUUGCCACGCGGCAUUUUGCCGGUCGUUCUUUUUGGCACUGCAUCAUCGAAUUUCUCAACCGUCACGGCGCUGGGUAGUCUAUUCCUCUCCUCCUCCUCCUCGUCAAAGUCGUCCGCUCAACUAGAAGAACAGGGACUCUCCGGGACAUCCCUCUAUCCUCCAGAAACGUGUUCGUGUGCUUGCUGUGUUGUCGUCCAAGAGGGGCCUCAUUUAGGGUGCGACGUGCCUAAGCCAAGUCACUGGAAGCAUCAAGCUUGCACUUUCGCUUUGUGUGGCAAUGGACAGGUUUUGGCAGACAAGGGUAUCAUAGUUUAAUUUGCUAGUAGGAGGUUUAGACUCUUCUUUGGCUUUUAGUACUGAGUGGACACACGAGCUAUUUCUAAUGGCUACUUGUUUCGACUAUUAUAUAUUUGAAUGUUGAGUAUCCUGUACUAUUAAUACUACUUUUACGAAGAUAACAAAUUUUGAUUCGCAAGUAGGCUCCUCCCCCGAAGGUGUCCCUGUAACCAGUACAACUUAAUACUAGUCACCAAGAUAUUAAAGGUCCCGAAUACGCUGCAAAGCAGAAGAGAGCGUUUUGUGUCGAGCACUGUGGUGUCCCUGAGAAGGGUGGACGCGGAGAUACCUGUAGCUGCAAGAACGGAGCGGAAGAUCCUUGGUCUUGCCCACAUGGUGAGAAAUAGCACUCUAGUUCUCACUAUUUGCUAGUUCUCGUUUUUCAAAGUAGGACCGCUAGAUUUUGUUCUAACUUCUAGAUCCGUUUCGUUCAUUAGAUGUUUUCUGAAGUAGACAGAGACACGACGCUCGAGCACGAGCACUAAUUCCUCUACCUAAUCUCCUGCACAGAUCGAGUUCGAGGAUGAAUAGCUCUUGUUUUUUCCACAUGUACAGGGUCAGAAACAAUUUGAAUUUCGUUUAAGAUUUGUUCACCGUAAAGCUGUACAAAUACAAAUUUGCGGCUACAGAUGCAAUAUUGAGAAUAGAUACGUGCAUUCGAUGACGAGUUGCUCUCUCGAAGAAGGUACAAGGCAUCUAAGCACGAUCGUCUAGGAUGGCGAAGUCAAGAAGAUGUGCGCGUUCUAAACCACUCUACGAACAACAAAAAUGUUCCGCAGAAUUGUUGAAUUUGGUGUGGUAUUCUGG